ACCAACUGUAUGUACAUAUGUAGUAUUUGACUUUCUCUUGGAGUACUUCUUCGAUGUUAGCGGUGUCACUUCGAAGAUUUUAUGUAAGAGAGUUAGUGGUUCAGAUCGAAGGAGAUUGGUGGUACGUUUAGGCGGUCAACUCUACGCGGAGAGUCAGGCAGCCGCCUGAGGUUAACUUUUAUAAACUCACGCUCCCUCUAAGAAAACGUUUGGCGCUCGCUGAAGUUCGACAAAGUUUUUAAACACAAAAAAAACCAGCAAGUUCACCGCCUUGACUUAUCGAACAUCCAGUCAAAAUGUUUUUACUCGAGGAUUAUUGUGCGCAUGUCCAACCCAAAGAGGAAGAAAUAAUUACAUACAUAUGUCUGUGUGCAUAUUUCAAUAAACAUUGUGUCCAGUUGAUGCUAUAAUGUUAGCAUAGAGAAUUAAAAAUGCGUUACUAUUGGACUUAUCGGAUGAUUGUAUAUAUUUUACUUUCACGAGAAGCGUCCCCACAAAAUACAUAUUUUGAUGAAAAAGUAACAAUAGUAGAAUCUGCAAAUAUAAGUAAUGAAUAUAUUGCGAACAUUAAUAAGGCGCUGAAUAGAGGACCUUAUUUUGAUACUUCUGCAACCAAAAAUGUGACAUCUCUAGUUGGAAAAACGGGACACCUGAAUUGUCGAAUAAAGAAUCUGGGCAAUAAAACGGUAUCAUGGAUACGUCAUAGGGAUUUACAUCUAUUAACUGUGUCUGAAAGCACUUAUACAUCGGACCAGCGAUUUACUUCCAUUUACAAUAAACAGACUGGAGACUGGUCUUUACAGAUAAUGUUUGCACAAAUCAGAGAUUCCGGAAUAUACGAAUGUCAGGUUUCAACCACACCUCCAGUUGGCUAUACCAUGAUAUUUUCAGUUGUAGAACCCAUUACUUCUAUUCCUGGAGGCCCUGAAUUGUAUAUUGACUUGGGAUCAACGGUGAAUUUAACGUGUGUCGUAAAACAUUUACCCGAUCCACCCCUUACAGUGCAUUGGACCCACAAUAAUCAGGAUAUAAAUUAUGAUUCGCCACGAGGAGGAGUAUCAGUUAUAACUGAAAAGGGAGACAUAACUACUUCAUAUCUUUUGAUACAGCGAGCAAAGCUUUCCGAUUCAGGGAAAUAUUCUUGCUUACCGUCGAAUGCAAACCCCAAGUCAGUAAAUGUUCACAUACUUAUCGGUGAUCAUCCUGCUGCCGUACAAAAAGGCGAUAGAUUAGUUCCCUAUAGUUGUUUUCUGAUAAUUUUAAUCAUUUUUGCAUUUAAUUAACUUAGCACUGAAGUAUGAAAAAUAUUAUACAAGAGCAUAUGUAUCGUUUUGUAAAUAAUAAAUACCUUGCCACAUAAAUACAAA